AUAGCAAUGAAAUAUUUAUUUAUAGUACGUGGGUAAACCCUAUCUAUUUAGUCAGUGUUUUUACUUGGAAAAGGCGAGAUACAACAAAAUGUGACCAAACAUAGUCUGAGCUGAAUAAAAAAACUGAUACAAUUGACGACCAUGACGGCUGUAGCAGGCUACAAUACAGUAAUGGACAGUGCAAAAUCUACCACGACGUUGUCUGCUCAAGACUUCAUGAAACAACUUCACGCCAUUCGCCAUGUCCUGGAGAAAGUGGAAGAAACCAAUGGGAAGGUUUUUGAACAGAUUAAACUCAGAGCAAAGGAGAAAACAGUGUUUGAAGAUACCCCACAGUUAAUUGCAGACAUGAAAGCUAAAGCCAUAGCGCUAGGAGAGGCGAUGGACGCGAGACAGAUAAGUUUAACAGAACUCGAGAAAUCGGUCACAGCAGUGUGUAGCAAAGUUGACGGUGUUGUCAACAUAAUUGACAAGGCUAAGCAAACUGGAGAUCAAAGAGAGGAAGGUCUGGGGCUUAUGAAGUCAGAACUUGAUGGCAGUGUGGAUAAUAGACAAUCGAGAGGAGGAUCAGUGCAAAGUAGUUCUUGUAAAGUGAAACAGUUGACAUGUACAGUUGAUCAGAUACACGUCCCGCAGAAAACGCAAAAUGGUCAAAAACUCAAAAACAGAAAUACGAAGGAAGAGUCACCCGAGUCAUUAGAUGACUUGCCGCCGAUUGUCGGAACUUCCGGUUUUAAAAGGCGUCUGACACUAGAAGGGUCGGACAAUAGACAUAAGCAAGAGAAAUUGAAGCAACAAAGACAACAACCGAAUAUAGGAUUGUCCAAAUCAGACUUAGACCCGGCCUAUGUAAACAUCAAGAACAUGUCUGUCCGUAUCAAAGAACAGGAGGCACGAUUCGAGACAGAAUUCAAGAACAUGCCCGGUUUAAGUCAAGACAGUACUGACGGUCAUGGUGUCUCUCUUCUGACUGACCUAAUCUGGCAGCAGUGGCAUUCAUACGCAGAGGAGGAAAAAAACAAAGAUUCCCAUCGCCAUAUCGUUCGGAAAAAAGGUCCGGAUGUUGUCCUAUGUUUAGACGUUUCACAGAGCAUGGAAGGCGCCCCGUUUGAAGAAAUGAUGACAUUCGCAAUGAAAUACGUUGAAGGGGUUGAACGCGUGGCAAGUACAAAUGACCUUAUAGAGAAUAUAUCCGUUACUACUUUCGGAUACAUCACCAAAGUCUGGCUACAUAUGACGUCAGAUUACAGUGCUGUAAAAGCCACUCUACGUGAUAUCCACUCUUUGGUUCCAAGAGGUCGAAGUCCAAUUGCCGGUGGUUUGCUGGUGGCUCUUGCUGGUUGUCUAGGCAACUGUGAUGGAAUUACCGUAGGGAGGGUACCAGUCCUAGCUAGGAUCAUCUUAAUAUCAGACGGGAUGGGUACACCUGAUCAUAUAAAGACUGGACCCGAACUAAUGAGGCGACAGGAUGAAGACAUACCAUCUAGCCUACGGGUCGAAGGAAAUCUUCAGCAUGUGUCCAAGAACUUAAAGAAGCGACGGAAUAUCGUCUAUUGCGUACCAGUGGGAAAUGCAAACAAGAGACCAUUGGAAGAGAUAUCAAAAAUAACAGGAGGACAAGUAUUUGAACCUAUGAGACGCGAUCGACUGGUGCAGUGGUCCAAACUUACGGUCCUGGCAGCCAAUCUGUGUCAGCAAUGUAUUGAAAUGGUCCCAGGAAAGAGUCCCGAGGAGAUUGAAACAAUAUUACGACUCUUUUAUUUGUCCUCAGAAUCUGGGGAGGACAAGGAAGAUAUCUUAAGUAUAGCUUCCCAAUUGAUACGAAAGAUUGAUGAUGGAUCAGAUGAGCACAUGACAUCGGAACACGACGCUGACCUCCCGGCCCUUGGAACAAGGGUAAGACGAGGUCCAGACUGGCACUACCCCGACCACCAGGACGACAAUGGGCCGGGCACAGUCUGUAGUCACGGGAAAUCAGGCAUGGUCUGGGUGGAAUGGGACAAUUCACACAGGAACUGCUACAAUUACAAAGAUGGAGCUGGUGAGGUCGUGCCUGUUACAGAGAGGAGAGUCCUGAAAAGGGGUGAAAUUAUUGCCACCGGUUGCUACGUAAAACGAGGUGAUAACUGGAGUAGUGGUGAGGAGGAUGGAGGACAAGGGGCGAUGGGCGUGGUGACGAGGGUACAUCAACACGGGACUGUCAUUGUGCGAUGGCCGAAUCAAAUAUAUAAGGAGUACAAGUUCGGAUCAGACGGAUUGUUUGAAGUCCAAGUUUGCUCGGACGAACCACGUUCUACAAAUUCACAGGAAGAGGGACCCAGCAAUAGUUAUUCGGCACCAGAGGGAGAGGGGCUCCGGAUAGAAUCAUUCCUUCCGCCUCCGUAACAAAGAAUCACAACAGCCACGUGUAGAUGGAUGUAAAGCAUUUCCGAACAGCAUGCAAUAAACCAUGAGAAAGACAUAGGACUGGGAAGGAAUCCGAAUAGAAUAAUCCUUUUUUAUUUGUCAAAAAAGUCAUUGGCAAUGUUUAAUGAUCUGCUUCAUGAUUUAUUGUUUUAUUCAACGAAGAUAACACGUGUCAUACCUAGACAUUAAGUAAUGGAUAUGUUCAAUAUAACAUAUACAUGUAAUUGUAGUUAAUCAUUUUGCAAAGACCAGAAAAUGGUUGUCAUGUUGAACAACAGUGUUAACAUGUCAUUAAUAUUGAGCAUCUGUCAUUUUUAUUUUAGGAUACAACUUUUUAUGUGAUACGUUUAGAGUUUAGCGCCCUAAAUGCAUAUUUAAGUCCAACUCGAAAUAUGUAGAAUGAUGAUGAUUUGUAGGAAACAUUUGUCAGAUGAUUCCUGAUUGUAUGGAAUGUGUUCUAGCAUAUACAAAGAUAUAAUUUGAUAUUUGCUAUGUAGGAGCUAGUGUUUGAAUCUGAUACAGUAGUAGCAUAUCCGUUUGUUUUCUCAUUGUCAAUUAUCAUCUUUUGUAGAGGUGAAUAUCAAUGUUUAUGAACCCUAUUAUGGUAUUAACCGACCCUAACGUCUGACCCUAUCCCUAAACUGUUAAUAUUGACAAUAUUCACGUAUUCAUUUCAUUUCAUAAAUAAAAUUAAGAAUGCUAUGCUCUUUUUAUGUCAUGACGUUUCAGAAGAGUUACUAGACCUCUUCGACAAUGACAUUUGGUACUGGUUUACUUCUGCUGUCAAUUACCUGUCACAAUUUGCUCGGAAAUCACAUUCUAAUAGAGUGCUUGACAAUGUAUUUUAAAAUCUUGUUUCAUUCUCGUUAAAUAAAACUGAAAAUAGAU